ACGCUAAUCACUCGCUCAUGCCCGCCUCUCCAUCCAUCCAUCCAUCGACGUCACCUAUCUGCAGAGCUAGACGCAUUCGACCUACUCUGCCGCCGGUCCACGUCUGCAAACGCACCGAGAGUUCAACCACCGCCCCCCGCCUUUCGGCUGAGACCGGCUCGCGUCGCUGUCCAGUCCUGGCCAACCCCCGCCCGGUAACCGGCAUGGCGACUCCACCGUCCUGAGCGCCGCCACCACCUCGGCCCGCUUUCGUUUUUGGCUCCUUCCGCGGAGAGGGAAUAGACCAAACGCUCCUGUAUAGAGAGAGCUGGGAACAAGACGGGAGGCAACUGGUCGGUGCUCGCCACCUUUAAUUUCCGCCUCCGCUGCUACUGGAGUAGUUAUAUAGCUAGCUUGCUCAGACACCUUUUUGGAUGCUCGCUGCUCCCGACAAGACCGCCCGCCAUCGUGCAGCCAUCGCAGAUCGGGAUCUCGCGGAGCUGCGAUUCAUUCGCCAGCCAUCCUACUCAAACGCCACCCAUCUCUGAGUCUUUGACCAACUGUUCUGAAGAUUUGAGACACUGUUGGAGAUGGGUACAAGGAUGCCAAUCUUUCCCCGACUAUCGAGCGCACUGUCCACGGCGUUGCUGGAGUGGAUCUUGAUGCUCCUGCUGUUCAUCGAUGCGGUUUACAGCUUCCUGGUCACUAGAUUCGCCCGUCUCUGCAGAUUACCGGCGCCAUGCCCUUUCUGCUCAAGGCUCGAUCACUUCCUGGGCAACGAGAAACCGUGCUUCUAUAGGGACCUGAUCUGCAAAACCCACAAGUCGGAGAUUUCGUCCUUGGCCUUCUGCAGCCUCCACCAGAAGCUCGCGGGAGCCCGAAAUAUGUGUGAAGGGUGCUGUGGGGAAGUCGCCGGUGAUGAUAAGACAGAUGAGACUGAUAGCAAUCAAAGAAUUGGUGAUGCUUUCAAUUCUCCUCGUGAAAAAGUCUGCUCGUGCUGUGGACAGCAUUUUAAGCGACGGAGUGUAGCUUUGUCCUCUAGAGAGACUGCAGAACUAGAACCUACUCGAGCGUUUGGCUCACCAAAAACUUACACGGAGUACUCUGUAGUAUGUCAAGUGGAUGAGCCUUUGGAGCCUAAAGAUAUAUACCACCAAAGUGACUACAGGUCUAAUGAGCCAGACGGUCUGCUACAGAUGACAUCUGACUCUGAGACUGAGGUCCCUUGUGCCAUUGAUGUGAGAAGUUCACAAUCUCGUGAAGCCGAUGUUAAGGGCGAAGACUUGCAAGAAGAUCCAGCUUGUGAGCAACCCGUUCUUCCUUCCCCUGUGGUGAUCAAGAAAUCUGAAAUAGUCGUCAGGAAGGAGCCUAGUGUUGAAGACACCUGCAUUACAUCUUCAGCGUGUCCUGCUGUGGAUGAUCAUCCUAAUAGCGGAGGUGGUGUGGACCAGAUGGAAGAAAAAGAAAGCCUAUCCAGAAAAUGGGCACCCCAGCACGAUCCUGUACUUGUUAUAGAAAAUUCAGGUUUACAAGAUGCUGGUAUUUCACAAAUUAUGCCAAGUGAUGAGCUACCACAGGUUUCUGGUGAGACUGAACCAUCUCAGAGCACAAAUGAAGGCAACACGGAUCCAUAUAAAUCUCAGUUCACAAUACUAGAGGAGCACUAUGCUGUUUCGGAAGAAGGAAAUAUAAAAUGUAUUCUGGAACAAUUUGACGUGACAGAAAUUACUAGCAGAUCAGGUGGUGAGUUUCGUCAAAGAAGUGCGUCAGCAGCUGAUUCACAUACAAAUGCACUGGUACUAGAGAAUACUCAUCAUGGUGCUUCAGAAGAUGCAGAACAGAAAGGUGCUGGAUCCAAAACGAGUGGUGAAGUUGAAGAUUAUACUAAGAAAAUUGAACCCACUGGUGACAUGGGAGAACAUGAACUGGUAGUACAAGAUCCUUCUGGUAGUGCUCCCAAAGAUUUAAUAGUUAAAGAUUAUGUGGACGAACCUCAUGUAUCAACAACUACCAUGAGAUCGAGCGGUGAAGUACCUCAAGAUCAUAGUGCCACCGAGGAAAACCCAAAAACAAUUGACAGCAUUGUUGAAAGGAGACCAUCUCUAAGCAGUCAGAUUAGCAUUACCCUAAGAUCAAGUGGUGAAGUACUUCAAGAUCAUAGUGCCACCGAGGAAAACCCAAAAACAAGUGAAAGUAUUGUUGAAAGGAGACCAUCUCUAAGCAGUCAGAUUAGCAUUACCCUAAGAUCGAGUGGUGAAGUACUUCAAGAUCAUAGUGCCACCGAGGAAAACUCAAAAACAAGUGAAAGUAUUGUUGAAAGGAGACCAUCUCUAAGCAGUCAGAUUAGCAUGAAUGAAGCCUAUAGACUUGCCAUUGGCAACAAGGGUAGCUUGACAUCCCCUACAUUGACGGAUGUAAUCCUUGGAAAGGACUCUACUUCUAGCAUAAACGAAGAACUGAGGCUACUGUUAUCACAGAUCUCAGCUUCCAGGGGGCUUGAGGCACCAUGGGCCGAUCCAGGCCCUAGCCCACGUGCAUAUGGACGUGGUGAUGAGUUGGUGGUGCAGAACAUUACCAAUAGAUUAUCACUUGAGAGGAAUGCUUCCGGUUUGGAGUCUCUAGACGGAAGCAUUGUUAGUGAGAUGGAAGGUGAAAGCACCAUUGACCGGUUGAGACGGCAGAUUGAUCUUGAUCGGAAAUCAAUACACCUACUCUGCAGGGAACUGGAAGAAGAGAGGAAUGCCUCAGCCAUUGCUGCAAGUCAAGCUCUGGCUAUGAUCACCAAGUUGCAGGAUGAGAAGGCCGCAAUGCAGAUGGAAGCUUCGCAUUACCAAAGGAUGAUGGAAGAGCAAGCUGAAUAUGACAGUGAAGCGGUAGCGAAAGCUAACGAGUUACUCACUGAAAGAGAACAGCUAAUUGAAGAACUGGAAGUUGAGCUCGAAAACUAUAGGAGACAGUAUGGAGGUGGAUCAACACAGAGACGAGGCAAUCGAGUGGCUUUUAAACAAGAAAAUAGGGAUACAACUAUGCUUGACGGUGGUGGUCUUGAAGAUCCUCUGAUUAACACACAACAGGGCAUAAAUUCCUUGGUGGGUUUGGAAGAGGAGAGGGCAUAUAUAGCGACUGGUUUGAGAAAAUUGGAACAGAAGCUCCAAUUCUACUCCAACAACAGUGUUUCCGUUGAGUUACCCAGUCCAGAUGUUAAGGAUGACCUCUCCGACAAAGUAUAUGUCACAGAAGACUUCUCGUUACACUGCCAGGAAAGCUCGAUGGAGAGCAAGGAAGCUGGCUCAUCGACAACUAGUGGGGAGGUUGAUCUAGUUGCAGUGCAGGAAGAAAUUGCAAAGUUGAACAGAAGACUGAAGACACUAGAAGGAGAUCGCAGUUUUCUUGAGCAUAGCAUCAACUCCCUCAGGAAUGGCGACGAAGGUUUGAUGUUUAUACAGGAAAUUGCUUGCAAUCUGAGAGAACUGCGAGCAAUUGCUAUUGGCAAAAAAUAAAAUGCACCAAAAUGUGUAUAAUAGUCAUUUUCUCGAAACUUAUUUGUGCAAUAGACGCCGAAUCAACAUAUGAAUCGUGCAUCAUGUUUGUCAUAUAAAUGAAAAGAAAUUCUUGUAAUUAGACACCAGAUGUUGCUGUAAUUAUCUUUAAAUUCGUAGGGUUGAGAUGUAAAUUGGUUCUAUAUAUUAUCAUGUUAUUAUGUUAAGUUUU